AAUGGAGGAUGCAGAGCUCUGUGGGUUUACACAGAUAGCAGUGACCCAAGACUAACAGAUACAAACCCAUUAACAGGAAACGUAACAGAGAAAAACUGCACCACCACCUUCAGCAACAUGCAGCAUCGCCAUACCAACACCUAUAACCUUAGACUGGAUUGUAAUGGUCUCAAAUACACUUUUAAAUCAGCAAGUGUAACAAUUGAUGUUAAAGAUAAUUUUCCCCCACCAACUCUGACUCCAUCCACAUUGGAGGUGAAUGAUGGAGACUCAGUGAAUCUGACCUGUUCUGCUCUGGUUCCCUGUCUGUCUCAUCCUCCAAAKCUGACCUGGACCCCCACAUUACAUAACAGUCAGGUGACACUGUUGGAGAAUCAGGGGAAAACUCCCWUGARGAUAUCGGUUCUGAACUUCACUGCUUCUCGUCAGAAUCAUGGACAAAUCUCCUGCUCUGCUGCCUACCAGAAACAAGAUGAAAGCUGUGCAACCUUUUCCACAAAAGCAAAUAUUCAGUGCCCUGAAUGUGACAAGUUUGAGAUCUCUCUGCCGCAGACUGUACAAGUUAUGAGUGGUUCCUGUGUCACUAUUCCAUGCUCCUUUGAGAUGCAAAGAGAACAUGAAAAACACUUGCAUGGGGAAUGCAGAGCUCUGUGGGUUUACUCAGACAGCAGGGACCCAAGACUAACAGAUACAAAUCCAGUGACAGGAAACUUAACAGAGAGAAACUGCACCACCACCUUCUAUAAUGUCCAGCCUAAUCAUUCCAACGUAUAUUACUUUAGACUGGAGUGCAAAACUGCAAAAUACACAUUUAAAGAAGCAAGUGUAAAAAUUGAUGUCAAAGAACAUUUUCCCCCACCAACUCUGACUGUGUCCAUACUCGAGGGGAAGGAGGGAGACUGGGUGAAUUUGACGUGCUCUGCUCCAUCUCCAUGCCUGACUCAUCCCCCAACUCUGACAUGGACCCCCAAAAUGGGGGAUAUUAUGGAGACAAUGCAGAUGAGCCCAAAUAAAGCUACAGCUAAGACCUCUGUCCUGAGUUUCAUUGCUACCAAUCUCCAUCACAGACAGAACAUCUCCUGCACUGCUACUUACAAGAUGGGGAAUGGAAACUCUGACUCAUCACUUACUACAAGUUUGAAAACAGAGAUUUUGUUUCGUCCAAGGAUCCUGCCCUCUUCUAGUUGCAUCAAAACAACAAGUCAAAUCAACUGUUCCUGUGAAAUUGUGGGAAACCCUCCCAUCUUGCAGUGGUUUUUCAAUGAGCAGCCUGUCAACCAAUCUGGGAAGGUUUAUGCUAUCAGUGACUCUCUAAAUGACACGUAUCUGAGGAGCAUCAUCACUSUGAAUCAGCUGCAGGAGAGAAACUUGUCGUCAUUGCUCUGCUUCAGCUUCAAUUCAUUGGGAUCAGACAGUAAACAGCUUUUUAUCAACUCACCACAUAUUUCAGCAGAAAAUCAAGUUCCUCCAAUGAUCCUGUCCUCUUCUAGUUGCAUUCAAACCACAAACCAAAUCAACUGUUCCUGUGAAAUUGUGGGAAACCCACCAUUCUUGCAGUGGUUUUUCAAUGGACAGCCUGUCAACCAAUCUGAUAAUUUUGUCAUYACCAACUCUUUGAAUGGUACAUAUCUGAGAAGCACCAUCACUGUCAAUCAACCACAGAAGAGGAACUUGUCCUCCUUGUUCUGCUUCAGCUUCAAUUCAUUGGGAUCAGACAGUAAACAACUUUUUAUUAAUUCCUCUCCCAUUUCAAGAGAAAAUAAAGUUCCACCGAGGAUCCUGCCCUCUUCUGAUUGCAACAAAACAACAAGUCAAAUCAACUGUUCCUGUGAAAUUGUGGGAAACCCUCCAAUGYUGCAGUGGGUUUUCAAUGGGCAAAUUGUCAACCAAUCUGGGAAGGUUUUUGUCAUCACUGACUCUUUGAAUGGCACAUAUUUGAGGAGCACCAUCACUGUGAAUCAGCCACAGGAGAGGAACUUGUCCUYCUUGUUCUGCUUCAGCUUCAAUUCUUUGGGAUCAGACAGUAAACAGCUUUUUAUCAACUCGCCUCAGAUUAUAGCAGAAAAUCGAGGUUUGUCUCCAUUCCUAUAA